GGUAGUUUUCAUUUUGCUCUGGUAUCUCACCCUAAAAUUUACGUCCAUUUGAUGCAGCUAUCAAAAGUUGCUUCCAAAGACGCACGACGUCCUAAGGGCCGACGUUGUGGUAUGUGGACGAGGGCCAAAUAAUAAUCAGCUCGGUCCAGGAAUCCAGUAUUUUUCCGGUUGUGCAACUGUUUAGUGAAACAAUUGGUUGUGUGCAUCAGCAUUGUUGAUUGUUUGCCUCCUAGAAGUGGAUCUCAGUGAGCUGCUAGAGGAUGUAAAUCUCCAAAAGCUCGGCUGAUGUUUUACCAGGCUAAAGCAUUUCUUCAUAUCUGCCUGGAAGUUGUGGCUCAAGGAUAAUGACUUAGCUGGUUAGCUCUUAAGCGAAAUGAGUUCUUCGAGUAAGGCUAGCAAGGGAAACUAUCGAGCCAUCAGAUCGCAGGAAAGCGAUUGGCCGGUCAGUUCCAACAGCAAAACCAAUGGCAUUCAUUUGAACAACCUUUGGUCCAUUUGGUAUGGGAUUAUUUGCGCCAGCUUGCAAGGCUAUCUGGCUUAUCGGUGUUUAAAGGAGAUUUUGGGAUAUUCGGUCCUGGCCUGGCCGGAUGGAUUGCCGUAUCUUGAGCUAAACUGCAGCUUGGGGUUAAAUGGCGCAGUUUUCCUGCUGCUGCCCAUUUUCUUCACAGUGACAAUUCUCAAGAAUACGUUUGGCAUACCGAUUUGGACUUUUUAAUCAUCCACAAAAAUCGCUCGUUGGUGUUGAGUUUCGCCCCAGUAACGGGGAAUUUAUCGCAGAAUUCUGUGAUGGCUUUGAACAUGUUGCCGCAGAAGUUUUUCGAUCCGGGAGCUAUUUUUUCCAGUGCCAAUGUGACCCACACCGUUAUGAAAACCCUAAAGGACAUAAUCGGGCAUGAGACGCGGAAAUACGAACCGAGGGAUGCAGAUGGGGUUUGGGAUUCGUCCAUAUCGCUGGAAUACAUCAACCUGAUUAUAGCGCUGGUGAUUUAUUCAGUGCGUUAUCCAGCGAUAUUUUGGAGCGCCAACAAGUGCCUUGGGCUGCUUUUCUCAUUUUUGCUCUUCAUCAAUGGCCAACAUAUCGUUUUGAGUUUUGCUGGCAUCAGCGUUUUAUAUAAAAUUCAUGUGGCGGAUAUUUGGACCUAUAUGUCCUUCUCCCAGCAGAAUUCCUUGAAACUGUACAAGAAUUUCGACAAAGUGACCCCAUUUCUCCUGAACGCUCAAGUCACUUUCGGCCUCUACAUGCUCUCGACUUUAUUGGUGCUUGCAAGCAGUGUUGUUAUGUACUUUUACGGACACACCAGAUUUACCGCCUUCAUUAAUCACCAGCGAGACAAAAAGCUGAUAACCCUCCAAGGAUCAUCCAGCAACGCCUGGCUCUAUUUCACUCAUUGUGCGGCGUUUUGUCUGCUGAUUUCCAUCGGGAUUUGCAACGUUCCUUUGAUACACGACUACACAGUGGCCUAUAGAGGCAGCUUUGAUGAUAUUCCAUUAAUCUGCAUCAUUUAUAAUGUGUUCCAUUUCUUCUUCUGGGUCAUUACGUGGAUAUUUUUGAGCAUGAAGCAAAACUGGACGUUUAAGAUACGAAUUUCCAUUGGGGAAGCCGUCAUCAAAGAGUCGCGGUCUCUUCGGUUGAUUCACAGCGUUCAACUCAACCAACAGACUGAAACUCCCACUGCUCAACAGCCUUUUCUGGUCAUUGGCAAUGGAAGAACUUAUACCGUGUCGGACACUCUGCCAAAGAAAGCAAUCAUGGAUGUUUUGCAACGAUCGGCAAUAGUUAAGAAGUCAAAGAGCAAUGGUUCAAUGGCCGUGAGUGAAGAUUCGACCGAAGACAUCUACUGGCUUCGACCCACUCUGGAUGCCACCUCGCAGUCACAAAAGCGCUCCAAAUAUCUGAACUGGUUCCGGAAGAAGUCCAAACAGAAACUAGCAUUUGACCAGAUUCCCAGUACGUCCAAUAAUCGGGCUAAAUCGCACGUGAGGAAUAGUGCAAUACCCGGAUUAGAUGAAGAUGAUGGGGAUUAUGCCACUCUUAGAGAGUUGCCGCUGGCAGCCACCAGUGCAACCAGAUUCUGUGCAGGCGACAAUAUCAGUGAAGAAGGAAAACUUCUAGCUUGUGUGCAAGAUGAGGAAAUCACCUACGCAAGCACUAGCCAAGACUUCACGCCUCCAGUUAUGUACAAAGACUCCAAUCCGUUGCUGGAGCCCAUAGUGGUCCACACAGAGUUUCCACAGCAACCAUCCACUUCGGUUAAUUCCGCCCGGCUUAUCCGCGCAGAUUCCGGCAUUUUGGCCCACGAAGAACUGCCAGGAAGGUCUGAUUCAUUGAGUACGGAGUGUUCAGUUUCUCCUCCCGAUCCUCCUGGCAGCAGCCACAGCGAAUCGUCCAGCGGAGUGCAUUCAAACGAAAGCAACGACACUUCAGUAGUUAAACAGCCUACAAACCAGCCUCAGUUCGAUUCCAACGGCGGAAACUUGAUCAGUUUGGAGGCAGCAUCCGACUCAAAUCCAGAGGACACUGUGGUGAUCAGAAGGAGGUCGUUGAGACCCAAUCCGAAUGAGGGCGUAGCAGAAGCAAUAUUGAAAGAAGACCCUUAUGGUAGGGCCACGAAUAUGCGGAUGACUUCGUUUAUGGAUUCCAAAGGAAUGCAUAGCCAGUCUUCUUCUGCCACUUUGCCGCAUUAUCCCACUCAACCAAGCGUCCAAAACAUGUAUUCCAAUUGCUCAACCAUGCCACUGCCUCAACAUACGUCUGGAAAUAUUGGCCAACCAAUAACCAAUGGGAAUAGUUGCAACGUUUACCCUAAUCGGCCUCACACCACGAUUCCAACCCAUUUAAAUGGAGUUAAACUGAUUGCAGCAGGCAACAUUAGCCAAAAUCGGCUCAAUAAUGCGAACGAUUCCUGCGUGAAAUUAGAGCCGAUCUACACGAAGAUCAAUAGAGCCACUAACGAAAUCUGCCACUACAGCACCAACAGGCAUUCGUAUAAAAUAUGAUAAUUCCAUGUGCUUGUACAAUGGCAAUCAUGCCAGCAUCUAAAUAGAUUUGCAGUUUAUCUGAAGAAUAACUUUGGGGUAAGAUGCUAUAGCCAUAUCAGCGUACACCUGUUAACCGUGAAGGUAAAAAACGCACAAGUUCCGAUUAUUUUUUAGAUAUACUGUUGGUAAUCAGUCAACAAUGGUGAACUCGAGACAAAUAAUGCGCAAUUACAAACAAUACUUAUACAAUUUGGGUGUCUAGGUGUAUACUGAGUAUUUUAUACCCGUAAUGUAAGAUUUGAUAAUUCUAAUUUACCGUAUCGAGAACUAUAUGAAAGCAAAUAUAUAUAUAAUAUACUCCAUUGAUAGCUGAGGUGCAUCAUACAUAAAGCCUGAUUUAAGGUCUCAGCUCUAAUAAGUAUUUACUAUAUACAAUAAUAAUUAAACUUAAAUCAUAUUAACCCAUCAGUGGAUAAGCCUGACCAUACUAUUAAGUAACGAUGAUAAUAAUACCUCGUGUCAUAUCACCAACAUCCAUCAUUCAAAUCUAGGAUUAAAACAUAUAUCAAAUGUUAGUAAUAACGAGCCAUUUAGGAACGAACUUUAUCAAACCCUAGCUUUUGUAUUAAUAUCGUAACGGUUAUGCUGUCGUGAUGCCCAUAAGCCUACCCCAAAAAUUAGUAUUGUGAAUCGUUAUUCGCCACUAUUUACGAAUACAGCAUAAUUGCAUUCAGAUUUUCCUCUUUAGCUAAGUAAUAAUACGGUGUCUGUACCAAAAUCUCAUCACGAUUUAAUCCGAUUUGUCUAAACAAAUGUGGACGGUUGAUGAAAUUUCGGUGACUUCUUGAGGCUUUUGGACUAUUGUGGAAAACAUUUUUCCUGCUGUUUUGCACCCACGUUUUUUCAUAGGCGGCUUGCUUAAGGCACAAAAAAAAUAAAAUCUCAUCAGUUUUAUACUCAGGGGAAUUUUACUCGAAAUCUCAACUCAAGCAUCAACUUUUCCAUUCCACCUCGUAACCCCACUGACGUAGUCGAGCUGCAGUCAAGAGAGAGAAACUAUAGCGGUUGUCCUGAAAAUCCGUUUGUUCUUGUCGCACACUUCCGAUUUACCAGGGCCGAUUCAAAAUAGCAGGGACGUUGUUUAGCGUUUAGUGCGAUAAACACGCGAAAUUUUGGGGAUUGAAAAGAACUCCUUCGACUUUCUAACUUAUAGACAGUAACAUAAUUAUGGUCUACGACGGCCUAAAACCCUGAAAAACUCACCAGUCUCAAUUAGAGGCCCGCAAAACCCAAACUCUUUGGAUAAAGGAAUUAAUCUAAGUUGCAUCUCAAAGUCCAUCCACUUUUGGACCAGACAAAUUAAGUUAAAUCAUGUUUUCAACCUGGAUGCAGACACCCUUUGAGUAGUUCUUGAGCUUAUUAAUAAAAACUCUACUAAACAACUAAGUUUAGUUGGCACCACUUUCUGAUAAUGAUUACAUCAAGUACUCAUUUGAUUAAUCAUUAUUUUGAUACUCAAAAAUUACAAAUCCUAUGGUUGUUUUCGAGCACCCUGUACACAUACUCCUAAAUAAUCUAUUGCUGUCGAAAUAUUGGUUGUGACUAUGAUUACAAGAGGUUGUACGAAACACUUUAGUAUUAUUCGCUCUCAUUUGCUCUUUUCAGCUUAACUAUAAGUUGACUAUGUUUGAGCGGGAACAAGGUUGUGCAUGCAAAUUCCUCACAGAUUCAGAGUGAUACCGAGAUACCUUAUAACUCAAUAAACUGGAUUGAUACUCAGUAUUUAUAUGGAUUGUAUUUGGACUGGCUCCUUUUAUGUGAAAACUAUGUAAUAUGUUGCAUUCAUAAAGUGUAGGUAAAUAAAAUAUUAUUUAGUAUUUA